AAGAGGAAGAAUGGAUAGAGGAAGAAGACGGUCAGGAAGAACAAGCAGAGGAGGCGGAGGAGGAAACCGAAGAAACCAAGGCAGAAGAACAAGAAGAUGAAACGAAAGCACCAGAAGAAGGUGGAGAGGGGGAUGGAGAGAAGGAGCCUGGGGAAGGUGAAUCGAAGCCAAAGCCCAAGGUCUUCAUGCCAAAUCUGGUGCCUCCCAAAAUCCCAGAUGGCGAGAGACUGGAUUUUGAUGACAUCCACCGCAAGCGCAUGGAGAAGGACCUGAAUGAACUGCAGGCCCUCAUCGAAGCCCACUUUGAGAGCAGGAAGAAGGAGGAAGAGGAGCUCAUCUCCCUCAAGGACAGGAUUGAGCAGCGUCGAGCAGAGAGGGCAGAGCAGCAGCGGAUUCGCAGUGAGAGGGAGAAGGAGCGCCAAGCCCGCAUGGCCGAAGAAAGAGCUCGCAAAGAGGAAGAGGAGGCACGGAAGAGGGCUGAGGAAGAAGCACGGAAGAAGAAAGCUUUGUCCAACAUGCUGCAUUUUGGAGGUUACAUGCAAAAGUCAGAGAAAAAGGGUGGGAAGAGGCAAACGGAGCGGGAAAAGAAGAAGAAGAUCCUCAGUGAACGGCGGAAGCCCCUGAACAUUGACCACCUCAGUGAAGACAAGCUGAGGGAAAAGGCCAAGGAGCUCUGGCAAACCAUCCGCGACCUAGAGGCUGAGAAAUUUGACCUGCAGGAAAAGUUCAAGCGGCAGAAAUACGAGAUCAACGUCCUCCGAAACCGUGUCAGUGACCACCAGAAAGUGUAAGUGUCUGGUUGAGCUGAGCAUCCUUCCUCGACGCCUCCUGCCCUUCCAGCUCCCUGCUCCCCGGGCCCCAGCUCCCUCCCUGGGUAUCUCCUGACUCUCCUGCACCCUUGCAGAGCCACCUCCUGUCCUUUCCAUUCCUGCCCCUGGUCCCACUGGUGCCCAGUGUUCAUGGAGCUGCAGCUCUGGCCCAGGGACCUUAGUCCGUGUUGCUUUGCCUCCACUGACAGACACCUCAUUGCCUCCCACCUCCAUCAGCUUUCCCCUGCCCCAGAGACCCCAGCUGGGGAUGGACCCCAGGAUGACCCCACCUCUGCACAGGGAACCUUGUGUCCCAUGGGGUCCUGCCACCCCCCAGCCGCCCCCAGCCCUGGGGGCUCUGCCCAGCAUCUCAGAGAAAGUGCUGGUGAUCCCAGCUUGUGUGGGAGGAGAACUCCUAUGGGUGGUGGCAGCUAUGCAGCCCUGCAAGGACAGGGGAGCCUGCCCCUGUGCCCGUGUCCCUGGCACAGGACUGGGUUACCCUUCAUAGGAGGGCAGAGAUGGGUGUUUAGCCCUUAUCCCUGAGAACACCGCGCUGCUCUUGCAUCCCCAUCCCACCCUGCCAUCUCGCACAAGAGGUGCUCAGCCUGUCCUGUGUGACAUUUGGCAGCAUCUCCCCCCACUUACACCAAAUCUCUUUUCUCUUCUGCCCCAACACGGCCUGUUCCUGCAGCAAAGGGUGAGUACAGGCAUUUCCUGAGUGCCGUGUCCCCCACCGUGUGUGUGCUGCAUGGACACUGGGGCUGAUGUAGGGCCAGCAGAAGGGCUGGGGAUGGGCACCCAGAGCUGGGCUGGUGGCUCCUGGGGUAAUGUGCCAGAAAUGCCCUUCACUGUCCACAUGAGCCGCCUCCUCUCUGCUCACCCAUGCCCGGAGUGGUGCCCGUUCCCCUGGUGCUGGUUGAGGACAGUGAUGUGGUGGGUGCUGGAAACAGCCUCACAGGUUCUGGUUCCUGGAGAAGGGUCCUGCGGCUGCCCUUAUCCAUCCACAGCCAAGAUUCAGCUCCUUCAUUUCUUCUCUGAAAGAUCCUUGGGAGGGAGGAACAUGGGAAGGGAAUUUGGGCUCCUUAGAAACACCUGCAAAAUGCAUGAGCUCGUUCCUGUACAGUCCCAAAACACACAGAGUGACUGAGGUCCCAGACUCUUACCUGGGACCACUAAAGACCUUUUUCCUCAUAGGGCAGUGACCACCCACCAGAGAUGGCUUGGUCCUUUUUGCAGGGCCUGAUUCUCCUCCGAUGGCACCCAUCUUCCCCCUCCUUUCACAGUCACUAAUAACUUAUUGCCUGUGCUUUUCUGCUUCCCUUCCAGGGCAAAGGGUGCCCGCGGCAAGACCAUGGUUGGUGGCCGGUGGAAAUAGAUGACUCGGAAGGCAAAGGAAGCUCCAUGUAUUGCCUUUCAAUCGCCCAGCUGGCUUCACCACGUCGUGGAGCCAGCACCUGCCCUCCCACCGCACAGAGCCUGCAAAGACGCUGCUGCAGGCACCAUGUGGUCUGGGGGGCAGAUGCUUCGCAAGGUCCGUUCCUCAUCUCUGCACCCCCAGCUGAUGUUGUGUCUGUAAAUAAAGAGAAUGGUGAGGGGG